AUGUUAGUUUUUCUAUUUUUCACUGCAACUGCCGCGCAAGCGGUUUUUGACACUGUUCCUGAUGAGCCGAUUGGAGCCCUUAUGUCUGCACUACCCCGAACUCCUGAAGUACUUGUGGCACCUUCAAGAGUAAGUGUCGCUAGUCCAGAUGUUCACAUCGGAAGUCAAGAAAUUCUUUACAAAAGGCCAAAAGUAGUGGUUGGAAGUCAACAAGUUCUAGUUGAAAAGCCUCAAGUUUUCUAUGGCUCACAAAAAAUUAUGUAUGAUAGACCAAAUGUAGUAGUCGGACCACAGAACGUUUUAUACCAGCCACCGAAGGUUGUUGUUGGUGGAAAAUCAGUGGUCUACGAACGACCCGCAGUUUUCUAUAAUCGCCAGAAGGUCUUCUACAACCCACCCAACGUUGUUGUGGGACCUCAGAAUGUUCGAGUUGCACGACCACCAGUACUCGUCAAACCUGCACCUGUAGUUAUUCGUCGUAGACCAGUAGUUUAUGAAAAAAUUGUCCCAGUCGUUAAGGAAAGAAUUCUCCCAGUUGUUAGACCCGUACCCGUUGUUAGGCAUGUAGCCAUGGUUCAAACUGCACCUGUUGUGACGAGAGCUGUCGCAGAGAGAACUGUCGUCGUUGAACGUCGUAAGUAA